AUGACAAAACCAGCUAAAGAGAAAGUACCAUUAUCAACCCACCUGAUAGCCGGUGGUGUAGCAGGUGCAGCAGAAGCACUAGUAUGUCACCCUUUGGACACGAUAAAAGUUAGAAUGCAGCUUUCGAAAUCACGACAAGCAAAGGGUCUGAAACCACUUGGUUUCUAUCAAACUGGUAAAUACAUCAUUGGACGUGAAUCUGUAUUCGGUUUAUACAAAGGUUUGGGUGCUGUUUUAUCUGGAAUUGUACCAAAAAUGGCUAUCAGAUUCGCAUCAUUUGAACAAUAUAAGCUAUGGCUUGGUAGUCAUGAAGGUACUCUAUCACCCGGUAAAGUUUUUAUUGCCGGUCUCGGUGCAGGUACAACAGAAGCGGUUGCCGUAGUAACACCGAUGGAAGUCGUCAAGAUUCGUCUGCAAUCUCAACAGCACUCGAUGAUGGAUCCUUUGGAUGUGCCGAAAUAUCGUAACGCAGCUCAUGCGCUCUAUACCAUUGUAAAAGAUGAGGGUAUAUCUACUCUCUAUCGUGGCGUUUCUCUCACUGCAUUACGUCAAGCUACAAAUCAAGGUGCUAAUUUCACAGCAUACCAGCAACUCAAAGCGGUAUCAUACAGUUAUCAACCACAGUACAAUGGCACGGAAUUACCAAGUUGGCAAACGGUCAUACUCGGUUUAAUUUCCGGUGCAGCUGGUCCAUUAACUAACGCGCCAAUUGACACAAUCAAAACACGUAUACAGAAAGCUCAGAAAGUACCAGGUGAAACUGCUAUAUCGAGAUUAAUGGGUGUUGCUACAGAUAUGUGGAAGCAAGAAGGUGUUGCCUCAUUCUAUAAAGGUAUCGCACCGCGAAUUCUUCGCGUCGCACCAGGACAAGCUGUCGUUUUCUCUGUCUUUGAGAAAGUCAAACCACUUGUUGAGAGAAUGAAAGGCGAAUAUUUAUAUGAGCCAUCUGAUAACUAA